UACAGGUGCUGUUGUGUGUACUUCAUCAUGGCGGUGGUCAUCCGCUUACAGGGACUCAGAAUCACUGCUGGUUCUGAGGACAUUCGCAAUUUCUUCACUGGCCUUAGAAUACCUGAUGGUGGAGUUCAUAUAAUUGGUGGAGACCGAGAAGCUUUUAUAAUAUUUGCAUCUGAUGAAGAUGCGAGACGAGCAAUGACACGCUCUGGGGGAUGCAUCAAGGGUUCCCCUGUUAACUUGCUUUUGAGUAGCAAGUCGGAGAUGCAGAAGGUUCUAGAGGAAAGCACAAGGAAGUCUGAAACAAAUGUCAAGAAGUUUUAUAAGGAGGGUGUCAAAAGGCCUGCAGCAGAUGGAAGACCACCCUUAUUAAAUGAGGACAUGAGAAUAGACAUGCGAAGAGGAGAUCAUCAGAACAUGGGGAAAAGAACAUCCCCACGUUCUUUGAAUGAUUCUCAAAGUCAGAUUGGCGAUGGGGUAUUGAAUGCAGGUGGUCUUUAUUUGAACUUGUCUGGAAUGCCAUUCUCAGCAACGAAGGAGGACGUCCGCCUGUUUUUUAAUGGUUUGCAAAUUGAUGACGUAAUAUUUUUGAGAAACCACCGUGGAAUGUUUAAUGGGUGUGGUUUGGUCAAAUUCGCAACCAGAGAGGAUCCCAAAGAAGGACUCAAGAGGGACCGACAAUACAUUGGUCCACGUUACAUCAGAAUAAUGUGUUGCUCAGAGGAUCAGUGGGUGGAUGCUGGGGGUUCUAUUAGACUAGAAGGUGCCGGUCAGAGAAAAUAUUUAUCAGACCGUGCAAGAUCUCGCUCUCCCAUUCGAUCUCAAUCACGAUCAAGUUCCCCUUCUGAUGACGAGUACUGUGUGCUGUAUGAAAACCUCUCGUAUUCCAUUGAAAAGAGGGACAUAAAAGCCAUGCUGCAUCCUGUUUGUGUGAAGGACGAUCAGAUCAUUAUUUUUGUUGAUAAGAACAGUGAUAGGACCAAAUCAGCAGUUGUGGUGUUUAGAAAUCUGAAUGACUACUGUUCUGGAUUAGCUCAUCAUAAAGAAACAUUUUUCCAAAGGACCGUCUAUGUUUCUCCUAUCUCCAAAGAAAAGAUGGUUGCCAUAUUGGAAUCCUCUGCUGAUUCAAGAGGAGAUAGCAGAAGGUCCAGUAGGUCAUCUGAACGAUCACAAAAAAGUGCUUAUGACUCAGAAAGGAGAUGCCUGUACGUUCGCAAUCUGCCUUUUGAUGUCCGUAAAGUAGAGAUCAUGGAUUUCUUUCAUGGAUUCCAACUCUCAGACAAUACGGUUGUCCUGCUUCAGGAUGAGAGGGGAGCUGGUCUUGGUGAGGCUUUAGUGAUCUUCCAACAGAAAAAGAGGCCUAUAACGCACAGUCUUUGAACGGGCGAAGGUUUUCUUGGAUCAGAAGUUAUGCUGAAAUGCAUCACCUUGGCUCAGACG